UAUUGGUAAGCUUUAGUAUUAUUAUCAUUUUAAUUAGAUCUUUGCUAAUGUUGACUGAUUUUAAAAGAUACUGAAGAUGACGCGGAAACACAGGGGACGGAGGAGGAAGCUCAAGAAGAAGUAUAUAGCCAGAAUUCUGCGGAUUGGGAUAGAAUGGAUGUUUCUCUAUCUCAGGCAACCUCUGGGCCAUCGGGUAGCAGGAAAAUGAGAUGGAAGCGUAGUUGGAUUCAGAACACCAGGAGCCACUCAUCAUGCUAGGUGGAUGGCCAAAGCUAUUUAUAGCUUAAAAAUAUUCAUGUUUCGAAGCCAGUUUAAAAUGAGUAACGAGGAACGUAACGCUCUCGGUGAUAUCUGCGUUUUCAUCGUAAAAAUUUACUGCAAGGCUUGGUUUAAUGCCCCAAGAGCUUAUCUGGCUCCUAAACAAGAUCUUGAUCUUUUGCGUGAUUUCAUUGAAUACCGCAAGAUAGACAAAGACAUUUCAGAGAAGGCUCUUGCUAAAUUCUCAAACCAUUUAUGGUAUUUGAGUUCAGAGCUGGUAGGUCUGGCGUUCUUUGACCCAACUUUGCCAGAUGGCGAAAAAUCAGAAAUGGCCAACAUAAUUUUAAAAAACAGCGAAACAGAAACCAACAGAAUAGUAAAUCCAAAGCUACAUCCACAUGAAAUUGAACAAUUUGUCACAGCAGGGUUAAAAAAUAUUGUGAACAAAGAAACAUUGAACUUUUUCGGCCGAUUGAAAAUAGACACAAGUUUUCUCAAAGAACCUCCAAAUCUUUGGCCCGAAAACCCCCAUUUUAAAGAAGGCUUUAAGAAAGUGAAAACACUUAAAGUCGUAAAUGACAUGGCAGAAAGAGGAGUCAAGUUAAUAACCGAUUUUAAUAAUCUUUUAACUAAAGAUGAGGAACAAAAACAAUAUGUACUUCAGGUAGUCAGUGAGUGCCGAAAAUUAUAUCCUGAUGCUUCCAAAACUACUUUAAGUAAGUCACUUGAUUAAAUUUUUUAGUAUUUACUUCAAUAAUUAUGUAUAAGAAAUUUAACACGAUGUUAAGUAUUUUGUUUUUUAGAAAUCUGUUAAAUGUUUCGAUUUUUUUUUUAAAUAAAACAGUAA